GUUACGCGUAGGGCGAGAUGUUGUUUUGUUGUGGUGAUCAGCUGAAUGUGGCAUCGCUGUCCGGUCUGACACAACAGAGGGAAUCACCCCGAGCCCCUCCGGCACUCCCUCCCCACAAACGCGCGCACGGAGAGCGGCUCUAUCCAGCAUCGCAAUCCAGGAAAUGCGGACUUCUUCUGGCCCUUUCACUACGGGAUAAAUGGCUGCAAGCGGCCGUACUGUAGCAGCAAACUGUGCCUGUGAAGCGUCUCUGAGGGGGAAGACCAGACUGCUCUGUCAGACCCAUUCAGAAGCUGAACGGCUAACACUCUUGACAACCAACAAAGGAGAUGCAGAGAAGACCUUGGGAGGGCUGUUAGAAUGGCUGUGGCUGGACAGAAGCAGAACUGCUUUGUACAGAGACAUGAUCCAUGUUUACCUGCAACCGUGCAGCUCCGGGGCACCUUUUAAUGAUGCCUCAUUUGGUCCUCUUUAAUAACUCUUGGCCCACGGUGAAAAAGGCCCUCCGUUGUGAUUUACAAUUGUUGAUGUUCCCCUGCCUCUGACCACUCCGCUGCCAUGCGGUUAUCCCCAUGAGGCUCCGAAUGCCCCUCCUUGUGUGUCUGUGAGGCCUUCUCCCCACUCUAUGGAGGCUGAGCCCAGCCGUCCGGCUGAUGGGGAGCGCUCUGGAAGGCAGGAGCAGCAGCAUGAGACAGCUGAAUCCUCUCUAGGAUCUUGUCCACCUCAGCAGCCCAAGCAGCCUUCUAAUCCUCGCCCUGUACACAGAGCCUUGGGUCGCCUGCAAAAUCGCCAACCCAAACGCUCUGACCUUCUGCUUCGGUUACAGCAGCAGCAAGCAGUAGCAUGGCAGCAUUCAGACAGCGCAGGUCCCUCAGGAGGAAGCUUUUUCUCUCCAGCUCCCUCAUCAAGCUCAUCCCUCCCAUCUACUUCCUCCACCCGGAGUGAGCAUGGUCAUGGGGUCCCAUCUCAGUCCAGCCAAGAGGGCCAAGAAGGGGUCAGCUCACCCAGAAAAGGGGAGAAGAAACCUCCAAAACCAGGGAAAUAUGUGUGCACUUACUGCGGCCGUCCAUGUGCCAAGCCAAGCGUUCUUCAGAAACACAUCCGCUCCCAUACAGGAGAAAGACCCUACCCUUGUGCCCCCUGUGGCUUUUCUUUCAAAACCAAGAGCAACCUGUACAAGCACCGCAAGUCCCAUGCCCAUCGUAUUAAAGCGGGCCUGGCGUCCAGUCGUGAUGAGACCAGUUUGAGUGGACCAGAGGGCAGUGGCGUCGGAGAAGACCCAGAGGAACACACAGAGGGAGAAAGCACUGAGUCUGAAGAAGAGACGGGCCAACACAGAAAAUCCUCCUCAAAAGAGAUGUUGGGCCAACAGAAGAAAGGUGGUAAGGAACCGCUGGGAGGCUCAGAGGAUAGCCAGAGGCCUGAAGACUCCCAGGCUGUCAAGCAAAGGCUGGCACUGAGGCUUAGUGAAAGGAAACGUGGCCCCAUGGCUUCUCCAGAUGACCCUCCUUCUUCCCUCUCCACCUCAUCUUCUUCCCUAGGCCCUGGCAGUAAAGGCAGCACAGAGUCUGGCUACUUCUCUGGGUCAGGCAGCACUGACCUGUCCCAAGUUAGCCCUCCCAGUGCCAGUGCCAAAACCUACGCUGAAAUUAUUCUAGGGAAAUAUGGAAGGCUGGGAGGGCAGCAGCGCAGUCCUCAUCAGCAACAGCCUCAUUCUUCACUUUCCUCAUCCUCAGGAAUGGAGGACAAGAGCCUUCCCUUUGCCGUACCCAAAACCCAAGUCAUAGAACACAUUACCAAGCUUAUCACUAUCAAUGAAGCAGUAGUGGACACCAGUGAGAUUGACAGUGUGAAGCCCAGACGCUCCUCUCUGUCCAGGAAGAGCAGCAUGGAAUUGCCUAAAUUUACCACCCCUAAAGAUCCCUACACAUUUGAUCCCAAAAGAGAAGCCCCUGGCCCCAGUGGUUUGAAGCACCUCCACAAUCCUGAGGCAGAUCCAGCAGGUACCCAGGAGCUGUCAGGGGGGCAUCUGCUUAGAAGCCACUCAAUGCCAUCCUCUACCAGCCAAGGAGAGCCCCCCACCUCUGGCACCAUGUCUCCCAGACAUUACCGUCUCUGCCAGUCAUUCGAUGAGCAGCAAGCAGUGGAAGCAGAGAUGAGGGUUGGCCAUGCCCAACGUAUGCUGAAGCGGCAGCCUGCCAUAGAAGUUCCACUGGGAGCUGAGCUCAUGCUGGAGGAGGCCAGCCCUGCUUCCUCCUCCUCAACCAAAGGCGCUGAACAAGCCCAACAGCCACAGCAACAACAACAAAAACAACAUCAACAACAACAACAGCAAAAGAGUUCAAGCUUGUUUGAAUGUGAAGCAUGUGGGGCCCACUUCCAACACAGUGAACGCUACGAGGCCCACAGAGGCACAUGCCCUGGACAGCAAACCCUGGAACAAGAAAGCAGGGAGGCAAGUAAAACAUGCAGGGAGGAUCGCCCCCAGAUGAUGAUGCACUUUAAGUUUCGAGCGCUGGCCAUGGCGGUGAGGAAGAGGAGAAAAGAGGAAAGUUUGGAAGAAGAUCCUCCCAGCCCUGGAUCUGUGGCCAUGUCAAGCAACUCUGCAGGCGUCAUUCCUGAGCCAAGCAGACCAGAGAACAGCCAGGCCCUCUCAGGUGUUUCUUUUCAGACUGAGCCAAAACAACAGCAGCAGCAAGACAGGAAGGGUGUGUCUGUCAUCCAACAUACAAGCUCUUUUGAGAAGCAGGAGAGUAUAUCCAUGGAGAGUCAGGUACCAAACCUCAGAGAGAGUCAGCAAGUACAACAACCCGAGCCAAAACCAUCACCCUCUACUUCUCGCCUCAUCCGCCAGCCAAACAUCCAAGUGCCAGAGAUCUUUGUUACUGUGGAGCCUGAUGCUGACAUGCCAUCUGUGUCGCCGCCAGUGACGGCAUCCUUAUCCAAGGAGGCGGAGAGAGUGGAGGAGUUUCAGUGGCCUCAGCGUAGCCAGACUCUGGCCCAGCUCCCUGCAGAGAAGCUGCCACCAAAGAAGAAGAGACUCCGCCUGGCAGAAGCAGCCCGGUCCUCCGGGGAGUCUAGCUUUGAGUCUGUGCCUCGCAGCCCCAGCCAAGAGAGCAACGUCUCCCACACUUCAAGCCCUUCUGCUUCUUUUGAGGACACAGCACGAUCCGAGCCUGCCGUUUGGGCCUCCUGUAGCCAGAGCUCCCAGAUGUUGAUGGUGCCAUCCGCUUCCUACCAACACCACCAAAGUCACAAGGAGAUGAGGCGCUCAGCCUCAGAGCAGACCCCAGCAAGCCCCCAACAAACAGAGCAAAUCCCAGAGAGCAGAAGUAAAUCAUUUGACUAUGGGUCACUGUCUCAUCAGCAGUCUGCCUCCUCCUGGAAAGAAAGGAGAAAAUGUCUCCUUGUGAAGCAUGCCACCUUGGGGGAACCUGAGCAGGACGAGGGGUCCAGCAUGAGUCACCUGUCCAGAGCGGAGAGUCCAAAGCCUGGGCCUUCCCGCUCCAGCCACCCUGCUCUCAUUUCAACAAAGGCAAGCUCCCGGUUCAGCUUGGACACCACAGGGAAAGCCCUGCAGCUGUUACAGCCGCAAAUCUUUCCGCCCACUCAUGAUGUUCUCUCUUUGCAACAAGCAUUUCCCCCAGGUUCGCUAUCCCAGCAACUCCCCGACAACACAGUCAUCUCUGAAGUACUGUCCACCCAAAUUAUCCAUAGAGCUUUCUUACAUUCACCAACAGCCCCUCCACCUAUACAGAUGCACCCAGCACAGAUACACAUGGCAGAACAGUUGGGUAUACCGUUCCAUCAGCUUCCUUCUCUAGUUCCUCUCCAGUUCUCUUCCAGGAUUAGAGCUAAUCAGGCUCUGUACUUGCCUUUUCCUCCGAGACUUACUGCACAUGUUGCUUCCCCUCCCACUACAGAGAGCAGACCCUCCUUCUCUCCCAUGUCUUCUGCCCUUACAAACCAAUCCCUUGUAAGAAUCUCUUACCACCACCCACGGCCGGUCAUCGCCACAUGCUUGGCACAGCUUACACCAGUAGUCUCCCUCGUGGUGCCAGUUCGCCUCCAGACCCAUAUACCUACCUAUGCCAGUGCUAUGUAUACCACCCUGUCCCAGAUUUUGGCAUCCUCCCGGUCACAAGAACCCAUUUCUUGCACAGCUAUGGUCAUCAUGGGCCAGGUGGAGCGGGACAAACUGCAAAGGUCGUACUUGAAGGUCCCCUCUCCAGACAUCAAGAGUCUUCUUCCCCUGUCUCUGCCCACGGAGCUGGCCUCAGGAUCUGGGGAGGGAUACGGUCCACUGGGAGCUGGAGGAAGUAAACGCAUGCUUUCUCCCGCAGCCAGUCUGGAGCUCAGCACAGAGGCCCAGCGUCACCAGAAAAGGGUAAAAGAGGAGGAGGAAGGGGAGCAACAUAAGGAAGGAGAGGAGGAGGAGGAGGAGGAGGAGGAGGAGGAGGAAGAUGUAGAACAGAAGGUAAGACAGGAGGAAGAAAGUACAGCCACUGGGAGAAAACUGGAAGAGGGGGAGAAGAAACAGCCAGAGAAGGUGGAGGUGACAACUGUGAAAGUGGAGGGGGAGUCAGAGCAAGUACCAAGGACACAUAAUUGGGAGGAAAAGAAGAAGGAGGAGAAGGAGGAGGAGGAGGAGGAGAAGUCUACUGACAAGACAAGUAAAAAAAAGGAAGGGGUGCCAGUUGUGGAAGAAGGGGUUGAAAAACCAACUACCCCUUCAUACCCCAGCCUCCAAACCUCCGCCUCAGUCAACUGGUGCUACCUGAACUAUGUGAAACCCAACCCGUCUACCCUGAGGGACCCCCGCAGCUCAGUUUAUUCUACCUGGAGCGUCAGUGCUCACAACCCCAACUUGCCGGGCCUCAGCACUAAAGUGGCGUUGUCGCUGCUGUGCUCUAAACAAAAGCACAGCUCAGAGACGUACACCAUGGCCAUGGCCGCAACCAGAAGCAAGUUGGCCCCUGCCAGUAGCAGGACUCCACGUGUGUCCGAGGUACAUGCCACCCCACCCAGCACCCUCACUAAAGUAAAGGAUCAGCGGCAGCAUGACAAGGAGGAGAAUAAAGAGAUGAGAGAAGAGGAAGAACCCUCCACCUCCAAACAGAGCGAGCCCCCUCGUGUUCGUAUCUUUGAAGGCGGGUAUAGGUCCAAUGAAGAGUAUGUUUACGUGAGAGGUCGCGGCCGGGGCAAGUACAUAUGUGGAGAGUGUGGCAUUCGCUGUAAGAAGCCUAGCAUGCUGAAAAAGCACAUCCGAACGCACACCGAUGUCCGUCCGUACAUUUGCAAACAUUGCAACUUUGCCUUCAAAACCAAAGGGAACCUUACUAAACACAUGAAGUCAAAGGCUCAUGGGAAAAAAUGCCAGGCAAUGGGAGUAUCUGAGUCAUCACUGGACGAGCCAGAGAGCGAGGAAACAGCAGGAAGUGACGAGCGUGUGUGUGGCUCAGAGGACCAGGACGAACAUCAGUUUUCUGACGUGGAAGAGUCUGAAGACGAUGACGACGACGAUGACGAUGAGGAAGAGGAGUCCCACGACGAUCAGCCCUCCUCCUGCUCGUCAGACACACACCCAUCGACAGGAGGGCGUUCCAGCUGCAGUAGGCGCUCGCAGCAGGGCACUCCUGACCCCGAGCACCCGAGCCCCAGUCCCACCCCGGGUCAGGAGCCCUCCCAGAGGGCAGUUUGGCCCAACAGACGAGCCGCAUCUCCAGGCAGCAGGAGAGCGCUGUUCUCCCGGCGGGGCUGGAAGGCAUCGCCGAGAACCUUCUCCCCCAGCCUUGAGAGCUGUUCCUCCAGCAGCAAUCUCUCCCCCCGUCUAGAGCUGUCCUCGCCCAGCCGACACAUCUCACCCUCCCCUGAGAGAGGACCAUCUCCCAUCUGUCCCAUUUCUCCUCUUCGUCCCAUUUCGCCAAGCUGCUACCGGUCGUCACAAGCUCGGACCCCUCCCUCGCCGCUCGGGUUACAGCACAGGAGCCCUGGAUACCUGCCGUGGGAGAGCCCUGGUACAAAAGGUAGUCAUGUCAAAGCGGUGAAAAGAGGUACAGCAGCAGCAGAGGGGUCAACAUUGCCCCAAUCCAGCUUGUUUCCACCUGCUUUCCGUCUUUCCACCUGUGAGGGUUAUCCUGGACACCAAACAGCAGACAACAUCUUCAGCCACCUUCCCAUGCACUCCCAACAAGCCAAGCUCCCCUAUCUCAUGAUUCCCAUUGGAGGGAUCCAGAUGGUACAGGCCAGACCUCGGUCCCACCCUACCACCCCCUCAUCCCCAACGUCCCCCCCCAUAGAGGGGCCGUCAUUGGCUAGAUUUGAAUCAUAUUGGGGCGGGACCCCCAGAACUCAAGGGUUUAGGACUCCUGGAGACGUGCAGUGGUCAGAGCAUCAGGCAGCAGCAACCAGCCAGUCAGGGCGAUGCUUUCUCAGCACAGCACUAACAUGUUCCAAACCGGAGUUGGAGACCACAGACUCAAAGCAAUAUGGCAGCUCGCAUAGCUCCGCACAGACUCGCAGGCCUGCUACUGAGACCACCAAACACUGCGUCAGAGACAGUUCAAGAGUACCCCUCAGUCUAGUAGCCCCCCUAACCUUGCAUGUCAUUGGACAGCAGCCGGAAGGGGAGGAGCCACCGUCUGGUGGUGAUCAGGUGGAGGUGGGAGCUAAAGGGGACUCAGCCAGAACAGACACUUAACAGUGUCUACACCUGGAUGCAUCAUGCAUCCUAUUUUGCUUUAUUGGUUGCUACACUUUUCUUGUUUUUUUAUUGCUUCAUUUUUAUACAGUUUUCAAUACUAUUGUUAACUUAAAUGUUUGUUCUUUGGCAAUAUUCAGGUUUGUUAUAAAAAUGCACUUUUACUUUGUGAAAAUA